AUGAAAAAAGGUAAAAAUAUUUUCAUCGAUCCAGUUACAAAUGAACCAUAUCAAUCAAUUUAUGUCUUUUGUCAUGAUAUUAGCCGUAGUGAUGAUUGUAUGAGAAAAUAUCUUGAUUAUCUUGCAUUACCAUUCAUAUUCGAUAAAGAUUUAUUAGUACGAUUAAUACGUGAUAUAGUUGAUUAUUUUGUUAUCGAAAGCAAACGUCUAUUAGCAACGAAUCCUUCAAACAAUUCAGCUGCUUACAAUCAUCUUAAUUGGGCAUAUAGACUUUAUGAUCAAUAUCGAGUAAUGGAACAAGAUUCAUUAAAAAAAAGAAUUCAAAGAAGUCAAUGA